UCUACAGACAUUUGAUAAAAUCAGGAACUUCAGAUAAGUCUAGGGAAGGUUCUCACCUCAGAACCUAUUACAGAAAAGUAUGAAAGUUAAUUAGGGCCCGUCUCCUAUCCUGAGAUCCAUCACAACAAGGGGACUUCAAGGAGUCCAAAGAUCUCACUUUUGUUGUGUUGUGUUUUUUUGGUUUUUUGAUGCAAUUUUUAAAGUCAGUUAUUCUGGAUGUUUGAAAACUGAAAUUAGAAAAUUCACUAAGAAGUUGGCUGAAUGUUGCAAGCUUGCAAAAUGGAAGGAUUUCCCCUCAUUUCCCCUCCCUCAGAAGACGUGGUAUCCUAUGAGUCAGACCUCUACCGUCAGCCCCAUGACUAUUACCAAUAUCUCAACAGUGAUGGAGAGAGUCACGGUGACCAUUACUGGGAGUAUCACCCACACCACAUGCACAGUGAGUUUGAGAGCUUCGGGGACAACCAGUUUACAGAACUCCAGAGCGUACAGCCUCCCCAGCUGCAACAGCUCUAUCGGCACAUGGAGUUUGAGCAGAUGCAUGUCCUAGACUCGGGGAUCCCAACCACACACAUUGGCCUCAACCACCAGGUCUCCUAUUUGCCUCGGAUGUGCGUACAGUACUCCUCUCCACAUCAGCCCAGCUCUGAUGAGGAGGAUAUGGAGAGGCAGAGCCCUCCUUUGGAGGUAUCGGAUGGGGAGACUGAUGGUGUGGACCCACGUCCUGGAAUUAUACAUGGAGAGCCAGGCAGCAAGAAGAAAAUCCGUCUGUAUCAGUUCCUUCUGGACCUUCUUCGAAGUGGAGAGAUGAAGGACAGCAUCUGGUGGGUAGACAAGGAAAAAGGCACUUUUCAGUUCUCCUCCAAACACAAAGAGGCACUGGCACACCGCUGGGGGAUCCAGAAGGGCAACCGCAAGAAAAUGACCUACCAGAAGAUGGCACGGGCACUGAGAAACUACGGCAAGACGGGGGAAGUCAAGAAGGUCAAGAAGAAGCUGACCUACCAGUUUAGUGGAGAGGUAAUGGGAAGGGGAAGCACUGAUAGGAAGCAUUAUCCUCACUGAGCACAGGCCUUGGGACCCUGAGCAAGCCAAAAAAUGAAGACCUCCUGGCUGGAUAUUGGCAGAGGAGACGGACGCAUCUUUCUCUUUGCUUCAUGUGCCCACUUCUCUACCUUGUCAGGGCUUUUAACGUCCGAUAUUUCUGGUACGAAUUCCCUUCUUCAGCACUUGAGAAUCCUACAGAUAAGAGAAUUCUGCUUCCAUCCAACAAGCUGGACAGAGUUGGGAAAUUUUAAAAGUGUAUAAAUAUAUUAUUGUCAGAAAAUAUUUGUUUGAUUGUGUUGUAAUUAAUGGAUAUAGCUGAUGAAGUUUUGCCCUUCAAAGGCAGUGCUGUGUCAUCUUCAGUGACACUGCAUUAGCUUACAGCUUUUAAACUAGCAUUAAUACAGGCUCUGCCGCAGCUCUCAACAGCUAGAGAGAAGUUUGCAGAUCUUGGAAAGAUACCUGUUCUGUUUAAUAACAGUAAUAACAUGUAUAUAUUUAAUAAAAUUUGAUAUAAUGAA